AGCGGGUAUUUGUACAUUUAUUAAACAUUUGCCAAGUUGCCCUUUGAGCAUGUGUUAUGCAUAUUAAAGCAUUAGGGGUGGACUAACAGGAACGGAACAGAACAUAUAGGCAUAAAACUCAGUGAUGCACAUGGAAAUUCAAGCUUGAGGGCAAUUCUCUCUCAGAACAAGAAGAAGAAGAAAAUGAAAAAGUGUGAACUUUGCAAUUCUCUGGCAAAGAUGUAUUGUGAAUCAGAUCUGGCCAUCUUGUGCUGGGACUGUGACUCCAGAGUACAUGGUGCCAAUUUUCUGGUUGCUAAGCAUUUAAGAACACUUCUUUGCCACCUCUGUCAAUCUCCUACGCCCUGGAAUGGCUCGGGACCAAAGCUUGGCCCGACUGUUUCUGUUUGCGAUAAUUGUGUCAACAGAAAUGCUUGCAGGGAGGAGAGCAACAAUGAGGAAACUCACGAUGAAGAAGAUGAAGAUGAUGAUGAUGAUCUUGAUGGGGAAGAUGACAGUGAAGAUGAUGAUGGUGAUAACGGUGAUGAUGAAGAAAAUCAAGUGGUUCCAUGGUCAUCUACACCACCAGAUUCCAGUUCUUCAACAAGUGAAGAAUGUUCCACCAGAUAUUGCAGCGUCCAAGAAGGCACUUCCCAGUCGAGAACAGUGCUUUCAUUGAAGCGCAUGCGUGAGACUGAAGAACCCGCUUCUCGAGCUGAUGAUCCAGGCUGCUCAUUUUCUCCACAACACCAGACCCAGAAUUUGUCAAAUGAAUCAGCUUCUUUCGAUCCCUUCAGGUCACUAAAAGACCAGAAAAUAACAGCCAGAGACUUUCUCAAGCGAUUACAAAAGGGUGUGGUUGCUGGAGACAUAUGAAGAAGUGGAACAAACACUGCUUGAUAUUUCCAAAAUGAGCACAAGCUGCUACAGAUGUUAAUGGCAUUAUUUUUCUCUGACUACUUAAUUUUCGUUUCACUAUAAGGUAACUUUUCUCUAAUUAGAAGUUAGACAGCCUUGAUUGAUCUGUAUUGGGUGUAUUUAACUCAGAAAUGUAUGUGUUCUUCCUUCUUCUUUUUUCUUGUUGAAAUUAAUAUCAGCUAAUUAGUUUUACCUUGAA